ACCCCGCUCGCUCGGCCCUUUCUGCACUGUCAUCUGCCCCGGUGAGGCUCAACUCCGGAGUGGGGCCAUCCGAAACGCUCCAGACUACAAGCCCGACUCCACCCAGCAGGGAGGGAAAGAAAACAGAUUGGGCAGAAUCCCGGGCCUCACCACCAGCAGCGGAGCUCGAAGGUCUGUAGGCCCCGCCCUUCAGCAGGACGGCAGCUCUAGGACUGAGUGAAGGCCCAAAUGGGCAACGUACAGGAGCGGCCAUCGGAGACCAUUGACCGGGAACGGAAACGGCUGGUAGAGACAUUGCAGGCUGACUCUGGGCUGCUGCUGGACGCGCUGGUGGCCCGGGGCGUCCUCACUGGGCCCGAGUAUGAAGCCUUGGAUGCGCUGCCUGAUGCAGAGCGCAGGGUGCGCCGCCUACUGCUGUUGGUGCAGAGCAAGGGCGAGGCAGCCUGCCAGGAGCUACUGCGCUGUGCCCAGCAAACUGUGCGCAUGCCAGAUCCGGCCUGGGAUUGGCAGCACGUGGGGCCUGGCUACCGGGACCGCAGCUAUGACCCUUCAUGCCCAGGCCACUGGACGCCAGAAGCACCCAGUUCAGGGACCACAUAUCCUGGGCUGCCCAGAGCUUCAGAGCAAGAGGAGGUCGGAGGUCCUGAGAGCUCUGAGGCAGUGCAGCCUGGAACUCCAGAGGAGCCAGAACUAGAAGCUGAAGCUACUGAAGGGGAUGAGCCAGACCUGGAACAAGAACUGGAUCCAGAACAAGAGCCAGAGAUAGAACCGGAACCGGAGCCGGAGCCGGAGCCGGAGCCGGAGCCGGAGCCGGAGCCGGAGCCGGAGCCGGAGCCGGAGCCGGAGCCGGAGCCGGAGCCGGAGCCGGAGCCGGAGCCGGAGCCCGACUUCCAGGAAGAGGAUGAGUCUGAAGGUUGUGAGGGCCCUUAAACCCUUGCUUGCAGGCUUGUUAGAGGUUGUGGGCUGGGAAGUGGGGGGUUGAUCCCCAUUCCAAUGACCAUCAUUUUCAUCUCCAGAUUCCUGAAGGCCAGAAUCUUUACCUGUCGAAAUCCUGUUCAAGCUGGAUAAGACCUGGAAACCUG